CGUACUUUCGUCCCGCUGCUCUGCACAGACAUGGCUGAAGCUCCCACUCGGCCCGUCCGCUUUUUCUGUCACCGGUGCUCGGCAGAGAUAAGUCCGCGUUUGCCGGACUACACCUGUCCACGCUGUGACUCUGGCUUCAUUGAGGAAUUAACUGAGCAAAGAAGUUCUGAAAAUAGAUCUGCAUCCACAUCUUCCAGUAGUGAUCAGAACCGCCCAUCCUUUGAGAACCUGGAUCCCCAACACUUUUUCACACUUUCCUCUGGGUUUCCUCCAUUCUCGCUUGGGAUUUUUGAUGAAAAUUUUGACUUUACACCGCGGGUACCCGGAGAGGACAACCGAGAGACAGAAAACAGGAGGGAACGGGAAAUGGCAUCGCGGCAACGAUACGGUGCGCGGCAACCACGGGGUCGACAGGUUCCUCGAAGACAGGUUACACGCAACGAAGGCGUGCCCACAUUAGAGGGAAUCAUCCAGCAGCUAGUCAAUGGAAUCAUAGCACCAACAGCCAUGCCAAAUAUUGGAAUGGGACCAUGGGGCAUGCUACACUCCAAUCCAAUGGACUAUGCCUGGGGCGCCAAUGGAAUCGAUGCUAUCAUUACACAGUUACUGAACCAGUUUGAGAACACAGGUCCUCCUCCUGCAGAUAGAGACAGAAUAAAGACUUUACCCACCAUCUACAUCAAAGAGGAACAUGUGGGUGCCGGUCUAGAGUGUCCUGUGUGCAAAGAAGACUACAGCGUCGAGGAGAGUGUUAGACAACUGCCGUGCAAUCACUUGUUUCACAACGACUGUAUAGUACCAUGGCUGGAACAGCACGACACGUGUCCUGUGUGCAGGAAGAGUCUUAGCGGACAGAACACAGCCACCGACCCACCAGGGUUAUCAGAAAUUAACUUCUCUCCCAACGCUUCUUCGUCCUCCUCGUCCUCCUCGAGUUCACCUAACAAUGAGAACGCUGCCAGCAACUCAUAGAUUUGAACCACCUCACAUCUGAGAAACCUUGCACCCAACUGAGACAACACAGCUCUUCUCUCCAGCUGAGACCAGGACGGUUAUUUGUCCCAAUUCCAGGGGACAAUAUCAGUCGAGGGGAACUCUGAAUGUGGGGCAGACUAUGAGUCAUCAUUCCUCAAACCGCCCUGAACGGACGCUGAUUCUUGCUGCUAUUGUUACCAAGUGUGGAACUGGAAAGUGUUAAAAGAGGAUCCAGAAAGGCUGUGAACAGUAAUAUUGCUAAUAAUGAAAGUGAGAUUGUGACCAGAACUUGGGGCAGAGUUUGAACCAGAGUGGACUGCUGUUUGAUGGAGAAAUGGCUUCACCACAAAGCUGGAACACAUUUUAUAUAGACAAAAUGUUUUUUUGUUUUUUUUUAAACAUUGCCUGUGGUGGAUCAUAGAUAUGCAGAUAGAGAAUUCAUUUUGAAUGGUCAGCAACUGUACAGCUAUCGGAUCAAACUAAAACCUUGCGAAAGGGAAGCUGAGUGUAUGCAUCAGAUUCUUAUUUAAUAGCACCUUUUUUUUUUCUCCAUUUUGCACAAAAAAAAUCUGCCUGAUGUUGAGAAUGUGAAUUUGGGCAAACUACUGAACAUAUAUUUUUCUUUUAGACCUUGAUUUUAUCAGAGCGUGAUCCAGUGUGUUUGAUGUUUUUGGACAAGGUGAAGAUCCUUACAGCUCCACAGUGGACACAUUUUUAAACCUCACAAACCCACUUAUUUAUUAGAUCCUCGCCAAGACACAAGUUGAGCAAAGCGGGGAAAAAAGGCAUGGGAUCGUUUACCUCUGUGGAACUGGCCAAAUGUAUUUCAAGUGUUUUAUCAUUUUAUUUCAUGAUUUUUCGGACAGUCGAAAUAAAGUGCUAAAACAAA